CGAAGAUGACGCCAUGGCCGUCUGUUCAUUGGCUGGGCAGACUUUGAACUUCCGCCAUUGGCUGGCGAGCCGGUAUAUACACUGUACUCUCCCGUGACUCCUUCCAGUUGUGUUGUUACCCACUCACUGUACACUUGGAGAAUAGUAUGUAUAAAGAGGUACAUCACCAGGAAAUCAAACACGAGUGUUCGCGAUCGGGAGGACUCCACGCUUAUCCCGAUCACUUCAGGGAACCUGAGGAGAACCUCUAGAGCCACCGUUGAAUUCAUGAACAUCUGAAGGUUUCUGUCCUCUGGUAGGACUUUGUAUAUAGUGUACAUAUAUCGCUUGCCUAACACAGAUCCCGCCCGGUGGAGGGACGGGAGCUCGGGGAGGAUAAUAUCGUCACGCGGAGCCGAGAAAUCGAUACAACUGGGGGAGAGAAAAAGAACGAAAACAAAAAAAAAAAAAAGAAAAAAUUCGUCGAGAGUACUCUGACAUUCUGUUUUCUUCGCGAGGCCGUCGCACGCGCAUCCUCAACAGCACACAUCAGCAGUAAUUAAGGAGAAGAGAGGAAGAGAGAGAAAAGCGCAAAAGAAAGAGAUCGAGAAAGGGAAUCAUGAAGGAAGGAGCGCAGGAAGACUUCUCUCUUGGGUGGAAGCUGCUCACCGCAGGCACCGCGGCCUGCAUCGCCGACCUGGCGACCUUUCCGUUGGACACAGCCAAAGUUAGAAUGCAAAUCGCGGGGGAAGGCCAAGCCUUGCUGCUGGCAUCAGCCGAGGGCUCGGUCCUUGCGAUGAGAACGGGCCAGCCCGGGCUGUUGCAGACAAUCGGCAACAUCGUCCGACUCGAGGGAGCGAGGAGCCUGUACGGAGGUCUGUCCGCGGGACUCCAGAGACAGAUGUGUUUCGCCAGCAUACGGUUGGGCCUCUACGACAGCGUCAAGUCACUCUACGCCGGAAUCAUCGACGGUAAUAGUAGGAGCGGCACGAUGAACAUCGGCGUGCGUGUCGCCGCGGGGAUCACAACGGGCGCUUUGGCGGUGCUCAUUGCUCAGCCGACCGACGUCGUCAAGGUCCGCAUGCAAGCUGGAAAUAAUGGGCGAUCGUCGAUGAGGUAUAGCUCCACUCUGCAGGCGUACAAGAAUAUCGCCCACGUGGAGGGUACGCGGGGCCUCUGGAAAGGAACCUUGCCGAACAUGUCGCGGAACGCGAUCGUGAACGUGGCGGAGAUAGUCUGUUACGACAUCAUCAAGGACCUGAUUCUGGCGAGCGGCUAUCUCCGCGAUGGAAUCCCGUGUCACUUGACGGCCGCGACGGCCGCCGGACUCUGCACCACUCUGGCGGCGAGUCCUGUGGACGUGAUAAAGACGCGUUACAUGAACAGCGCGCCCGGCGAGUACAAGGGCGCGAUAGAUUGCGCCAUCAGGACCUUCGUCCAGGAGGGCCCGUUCGCAUUCUACAAGGGUUUCGUGCCGAGUUUCUCACGCUUGGUGUCUUGGAACAUCGUGCUCUGGGUCACCUAUGAACAGAUCAAGCUGCAAAUGAAGAAACUACACGGCAUCGAAUGAGCAGGUAGCCAAAGGACGGAAA